UUGAAUAAAUCAGCCUUGUUCUUCUCCUGCUACAUUUUCUCUCUCUUCCUAUCUCUGCUCCAUCUAACUAGCUCUUCCAGUAUAACUAAUUUUUCUCUCUCCUAUAUAUUCUUCCAAAAACACUCAACUCUCACUACAACCAAGCUUUUUGACUUCACUCUUAAUUCAUUCUCUCAUAAACCCUACCAUUUUUUCUCUAACUUUCAACAAUGGCGGCUUCUUCCCUCUCUCUAAAACCUUCAUUUUCUUCUUUCUCCUCUGAUUUCACCUCUCCUGGAUUGUUAUCUGGUGUUUAUCCGGUAAGUGUCGGGUUCAAUUCACCGAUUUUAGGGGCUAAGAAUCGCGCGUUUCAGCUUAAUUGUUUGGGAGAGAAAUCAAUGGAUGUCAAAACUUCAGCUUUGGUUGAUGGUGUUGCAGAGUGUUUUAAUGAAAUAGAGGUUAAGGAGCCGAAUGUUUCGACAUUGUUGAUGAAUUUUGACAGCAAUAUUGAUCCUUAUGGUUCGAUGAGCACACCUUUGUACCAAACUGCCACGUUCAAACAGCCAUCAGCGACAGAAAUGGGUCUUUAUGACUAUACAAGAAGUGGGAAUCCUACACGUGAUGUCCUGGAGAGACUCCUGGCAAAGCUGGAUAAGGCUGAUCGAGCAUUGUGCUUUACUAGUGGAAUGGCUGCUCUUGCUGCUGUGACUCAUCUUGUUGGAACUGGCCAGGAAAUUGUUGCUGGAAAUGAUAUCUAUGGUGGAUCUGAUCGAUUGUUAUCGCAAGUCCUUCCUAAGACAGGAGUUGUGGUGAAACGGGUAAACACAACUGAUUUGGACGAAGUCGCGUCAGCAAUUGGACCAUGGACAAAGCUUGUCUGGCUUGAAAGUCCGACAAAUCCUCGACAACAGAUAUGUGAUAUUCGUAAAAUUUCGGAGUUAGCUCAUGCACAAGGUGCUAUUGUAAUGGUGGAUAACAGCAUCAUGUCUCCGGUUUUAUCGCAGCCACUUGAACUUGGUGCAGAUAUUGUGAUGCAUUCAGCUACUAAAUUUAUAUCUGGGCAUAGUGAUAUUAUGGCAGGUGUUCUUACCGUGAAAGGGGAAAGUUUGGCAAAAGAAUUGUAUUUCCUGCAAAAUGCUGAAGGAUCUGGAUUGGCUCCAUUUGACUGUUGGAUUUGUUUACGAGGUGUCAAGACCAUGGCCCUCCGUGUUGAAAAGCAACAGGACAACGCACAGAAGAUUGCAGAAUUUCUCUCCUCCCAUCCCCGAGUUCAGAAGGUUAACUAUGCUGGACUUCCUGAUCAUCCUGGGCGAUCACUGCAUUAUUCUCAGGCCAAAGGUGCAGGAUCUGUGCUUAGUUUUCUAACUGGAUCUAUUGCUCUUUCGAAACAUAUUGUGGAGACAACCAAAUAUUUCAGCAUAACUGUCAGUUUUGGAAGUGUGAAAUCACUUAUAAGCAUGCCUUGCUUCAUGUCGCAUGCUGCUAUACCAGCUGCUGAUCGUGAAGCUAGAGGUUUAACCGAAGAUCUUGUUCGCAUUUCAGUGGGCAUUGAGGAUGUAAAUGAUCUAAUAGCUGAUCUAGAUCAUGCUCUCAAAACCGGACCAGUUUAGCAAGAUUAUGUUAGCCUAUUUGUGAAUAUUUCAAUUAACGUAAAAUUUUGUCAAUUGAUUAUGAAAAUAAUAAAAUUUUGAAGGUUUUAUCUCA